UCUCCCCUGCCGGGCACCGCAGCUGCGAGCGCGGAGCGGGGCCGGGGCCGGGGCCGGGGAGAAGCACCGUGAGGGGCUGCGCGAUGUGGCUGAAGCCCGAGGAGGUGCUGCUGAAAAAUGCCCUCAAGCUGUGGGUGCAGGAGCGCUCCAACCAGUACUUCGUGCUGCAGAGGCGGCGGGGCUACGGCGAGGAGGGCGGAGGCGGGCUGGCAGGUCUUCUCGUGGGAACGUUAGAUGCAGUGUUGGACUCUACAUCAAAAGUGGCCCCAUUUCGCAUCCUGCACCAGACUCCAGACUCUCAGGUCUACUGGUCCAUCGCGUGCGGAUCCAGCAGAGAAGAAAUAACAGAACACUGGGAGUGGUUAGAACACAAUGUUAUGAAGACUUUAUCUGUAUUUGAUUCAAAUGAAGAUAUUACGAGCUUUGUCCAGGGAAAGAUAAGAGGUUUGAUUGCUGAAGAGGGAAAAAGUUCUUUUGUAAAAGAAGAUGAUCCUGAGAAGUUUCGUGAAGGUCUUAUGAAGUUUGAGAAGUGUUUUGGACUGCCAGAGCAGGAGAAGUUGAUAACCUAUUACUCGUGCAGUUACUGGAAGGGCAGAGUGCCCUGUCAAGGAUGGCUUUAUCUUAGUACCAACUUCCUUAGCUUUUACUCAUUUUUGCUUGGAGCAGAAGUAAAACUUAUUAUCUCCUGGGAUGAAAUAUCAAGACUUGAGAAGACUUCCAAUGUGAUUCUGACAGAGAGCAUUCAUGUAUGCUCCCGUGGGGAAGAUCAUUAUUUUUCCAUGUUUUUGCACAUUAGCGAAACAUUCCUUCUUAUGGAGCAGCUGGCAAGCUAUGCUGUUAGGAGACUUUUUGACAAGGAAACAUUUGAGAAUGAUCUAGUCCUUCAUGACCCUCUGCAAAUCACCAAGAGAGGCCUAGAGAGCCGUGCCCACAGUGAGCAGUUUACUGCAUUCUUCAGGCUACCUAAAGAAGAGACCUUGAAGGAAGUUCAUGAGUGCUUCUUAUGGGUUCCUUUCAUUCAUUACAAUACUCAUGGAAAAAUGUGCAUUUCAGAAAACUACAUCUGCUUUGCUAGCCAGGAUGGCAGCCUGUGCAGUGUAAUCAUUCCACUAAGAGAGGUCACGGGGGUGGAUAAGGCAGAUCCAGCCAACAGAGGAGUCAGCAUUAGUACCAAAGGAAAAACAGCUUUUCGUUUCACAGAGCUUAGAGAUUUUGAACAGCUUGUGGCAAAGCUCAGAAUGAAAUGCAAUGCAACUUCAAGUCCACAGCACAUCAUAACUGCAGAGGUUGCAGCUGGUUCUGCCUCUGAUCGUACGAAGGAUUUUGAUGCAGGACCAUCAAAGAUGGGUCAGAGAGAUAACAGCAAAACAGUCGGUACAGAAGCCUUAAUGACUGUCUACCAUCCUCAGGAUGCUGAGAAUCUUGACUCUAAAAUGUUGAAAGAAAAAAUGAAGGAACAGUCAUGGAACAUCCUCUUUGCCGAGCGGGGACAUGGUGUCAGUAUGUUUCGAACAAAGAAGACUCGAGAUCUGGUUGUAAGAGGGAUCCCAGAGGCCUUAAGAGGAGAGCUCUGGCUGCUCUUCUCAGGUGCUGUAAAUGACAUGGCAUCCAACCCUGGUUAUUACACUGAGCUGGUGGCAAAGUCCUUAGGAACGUGCACUUUGGCUACUGAUGAAAUUGAAAGGGAUUUGCGUCGCUCCUUACCCGAGCAUCCUGCUUUUCAAAGUGACACAGGAAUUUCUGCACUCAGGAGAGUUCUUACAGCUUAUGCAUACAGGAAUCCUCAGAUUGGAUAUUGUCAGGCAAUGAAUAUUCUGACAUCAGUGCUUCUGCUGUAUGCUAAAGAGGAGGAAGCCUUCUGGCUUUUGGUUGCUGUGUGUGAAAGGAUGCUCCCCGAUUACUUCAAUCGUCGAAUCAUCGGUGCCUUGGUAGAUCAGGCAGUGUUUGAGGAGCUCAUCAGGGUUCACCUGCCUCAGUUGACAGACCACAUGACGGACAUGACUUUUUUCUCCUCGGUCUCUCUCUCCUGGUUCCUUACCCUUUUUAUCAGUGUGUUGCCUAUUGAAAGUGCAGUCAAUGUGGUGGACUGUUUCUUCUAUGAUGGAAUAAAGGCAAUCUUGCAGCUGGGCCUCGCAGUGCUGGAAUACAACAUGGAGAAGUUGCUCACUUGUAAGGAUGAUGCAGAAGCAGUCACUGUUCUCAACAGAUUUUUUGACAGUGUCACUAACAAAGACAGUCCUUUGCCUCCAGCUGUGCAGCAAGGCUCCAACCUCAGCGAUACAAAGAGUGACCACCCCAAAGUGGACAUCACUGAUUUGAUCCGAGAGUCAAAUGAAAGAUACGGUGAUAUUCGCUAUGAGGAUGUUGAGAGCAUGCGCUGCAGGAACAGGCUUUAUGUGAUCCAGACCUUGGAAGCUACGACCAAGCAGAAUGUGCUACGUGUUGUGUCUCAAGAAGUAAGAUUCAGUCCUAGUGAUCUUGAAGAGCUUUAUGAAUUGUUCAAGAAGGAGCACUUUCUUUCCUGUUACUGGAGCGUAAACAGUCCUGUCUUGCAACAUCAUGAUGCCAGUCUGCCAUAUCUUGAGCAGUAUCGGAUUGAUUGCCAGCAGUUCAGGGUUCUCUGUCAUCUCCUGAGCCCCUGGUCACACUGUGCAAACAGAGACUCACUUGCACUGUGGACGUUCAGACUGAUGGAUGAGAGCUCUGAUUGCCUUAUAAACUUCAAACAGUUUGCCUGUGUCCUUGAUACCAUGUAUAAUGGAAGCUUCACUGACAAACUCAAGCUUCUUUUUAAGUUGCACAUCCCUCCAGCUUUUACUGAAAUAGAAUCUCUAAGCCCUUCCAAAGGGGAUGAUCUUUCAAAAGAUGAACUGAUUCACUUCAGCCAACUCAAUGUUUCAUCCGUUGGGGAUAGUCUUGGAAGUGAUUCUUUGAAGAGCAGUCCAGAAAAAGUGAAGGGGAAGGUUGAUAUUCAGGCAUAUCUGAAGCAAUGGCAAGAUGAACUUCUUAAAAAAGAAGAAAACAUUAAGGAUUUGCCAAGAAUGAAUCAGUCUCAGUUCAUCCAGUUCUCAAAAACUCUGUACAAUCUGUUCCAUGGGGAUCCUGAGGAGGAGCUGUUAUAUCGGGCUAUCGCGGUGGUUACCAGCCUCCUGCUGAAAAUGGAAGAAGUUGGGAGAAGGCUGCAGAGUCCUGCAUCACCAGUCCCAAGUCCAGUUCACAUUACAGAGGUGCCUGCUGAAAUCCCCAGGGAAGGGCAGGAGGAAAGCAGCUCUGAGCAGACUGAAGGCAGUAGAGUACAGAGUUUGAGAGGGAACCAUGAAUGGUCUUUUGCCUUUGAACAGAUUCUGGCAUCCUUAUUAAAUGAGCCAGCCUUUGUGAGAUUUUUUGAAAAACCUCAUGACAUAAAAGUUAAAAUAGAGAGUGCUAAAAAUUUACAACUUAAAGCAAGAACCAGAGUGUAAUUUUCUUUACCUUUGACUCUGAAUUAACCACAAAGCGCUUACAAAUGAAGGUUGCAACUAAGGGAAUCAAGUCUGGUGUUUACAUAGAGAAAGACAUUUGCAGAGUUAGCUUUAAAUAUCAGAUUACUGGUAUGUAAUGUAAAUAAAAAUAGUUUGAAGCACAAUCACUUUCUUGCAUUAUUCAUAAGUUUCACUCCAAAAAAAAAAGGACUGGAUAAUAAACCGUCUUUACCAUGUUAGUAAAAUAUGCAAUGUUGCUUGGAAAUACUGGGUGUGACCUGUUGCAAACCUAUCUGAAUGACUGCUGUUACCGUGUGUUCAUUUCUAUUUCCAGGUUAAUUUCUAUUACUAUGAUAAGAGGAAUGACUUCCUGCCAUUUUCACUUAAAAGGAGUAUCAACAGCUUAGAGGUUGUCAUCCACAUUAGUUUCAUUAGUUAUUACCAAACUUGCAUGUGGACUGGGGUCAAAGCAGUGUGAAGGCUAAAAAUAGAGGGUGUGGUAGGCACAAAAGCAUGAGAUUAGAGAAGGAAGUGCCCUGCUCUCAAUUCCUCUGCUUUGAUGAUACCCAUGGGCCUGGACUCUUGCAGAUUCCAGCCCCUUCUCAGCAGUUUUCAGACUGCAUUCUCCCAGCCCACGUCUGUUUUUGCAACAAACAACUGGUUUCCUGCCAUUCUAGCUCAGCCUAGACUUCUCUUUCCCAUUUUCAUACCAAUCCUCCUACAAUGCAGGUUAAAAGGAUGGAAGCUUAUUUGGUUGCCCAGGCUGCACGUGGAUGCAGCAGCUAAUAUUGAUUGUUGAAAUCAAGGGAAAGCAGUGGCUAAAUCUGUCUGACCAUAUGCCUUUAUCUGGCAAGAGGAGCUUCUUAGGAGCAUGUUGAUGAAAUAUAGAGUUUUGCUGGUGUUUGCAAAGACCAAGCACAGACCAUCUUAAGCUGAAUGCUGAAGGGACAGAUUGCAAUUGCUUCUUUACCUACCCUGAGUCCAUACCUCAAUUUAUAAUUACUAUUUCUUUUCUGUAGCACUCUGGAUUAUUGCUACUGUAAUAUUUUCCAUCAUCCAGGAUUCAAGGCAGCAAAAAAAUCCCCUUGAAUCUGACUUGAAAUUUUAAUAUAUAAAAAAUGAUAUAGUAGAAAUCCUGUGGAGGCAAGCUCUGCCACCGUUAAUGCUGAGAAAUUUGACCUUGAAUCUUUGGUAGCUGGUGCUAGAAGGGGUUUAGAGAAAGAGGGAAAGAGCUUGUCUUUUAAAAACAACAGCAAAGUAAAUUGAGAUUCUGUGCUAAACUAGUUAAAAAUGUCUAUUUCUAAAGCCUGUAUGACAAUCUUCCUCUGCAGAGCAGCAUUAUUUUUAUACUGUGCAUGUUUUUUGUAAAGAAGCAGAAUGGGGAUGGUAUCAUUCACUGAGGCUUUUCUUGCAAUACUAAUAUGAAUGAAGAAUAAACUGAAGUUCUGUCUUGUGUUACAGGCACUUUGU